AUGCCUCCCGUGCUGAAUCCCUUCCUGCGCGCCUUCUUCCGCAGUGCCCUCCCCAGCCAGUGCGCGCCCCCACAGCACCACGUCCUGCUCGUGCCCACUACCGAGGCGCUCCUCGGCGCGCGCGACAAGGACUCGGGCGCGCCGUACGCCGACCUCGCCGGCUCCGAGGAGUUUCUCGCCAGCCAUGUGCUGCGCGUGCCGGGCGGCGUCGGGCCCGACAACCACGUCCGCGACGCCAGCAGCUUCCGCGAGACGCGCGGCAAGGCGAAGCAGUUCACGACGGCCAACGGGCGCACGGUGAUUGUCAAGGACGCCUUUGUCUACAGCAACAAGGGCUUCAAGACGCUCAACCAGGCCCAGCUGCUCGCCGACGCCGUCUUCUACCCGGACGCGUUCGAGGCCCAGCCCUGGCUCGUCUACUACAUCUCGCGCCCGCUGAUUGGCACCUUUGAGCCGACGCCCAUGGUUGCCGCGGCCCUGCUGUCGCCCCGCCCUGUCGCGCCCGCCGCCCCGCCCGCCGCGGCGAGCGGCGCCGCCCGCGGCGCCGCGAUGCCGCGCAAGAAGGAGGUCAGGUCCUUUGGCGACCUGCUCGGCCACUUUCCCAUGAUUGCGCGCCAGAUGCAGCCCGGCUUGGAGAGGCUGUUUCGGGAGUUUGCCAAGGAGCUGGAGAAGCCGCUGCCCCCGACGCCGACGCCGUCGCGGCGGUCGUCGCAGUCGCAGAGCGCGCAGUCGCAGAGGUUGCAGUCGCAGAGGUUGCAGUCGCAGAGCGCGCAGUCGCAGAGCUCGCAGAGACGCGGCUCCGUGUCGUCGGUCGACACCGCUACGUCGCGGCCCCUGUCGAUGCACAGCAACACAUCACAGGCGCCGAGCGGCUUCGUCUCGACGCUGGAGAUUGGCGACGACGAGGACGCCAUGCGCAACUCGCUCGAGACGGCUGUCACGGCCGCCAUCGACCUCUUCCAGAUGGUCGACAAGCAGCAGCUGUCGCUGCUGGGCGCCACGACAGACCUCACAGGGCCCCUCGUCGAGCGCAUGAUCGAGCGGUACGUGGCCGAGCAGGUCCACCACACGCUGCUCUUCCCCCGCAUCUGCCACAUCCGCCGUCUCGACGACGUCGACCUCGAGCGCCACAUGCGCCACAUGCAGGACGUUGACAUUUCGCAGGUCGGCAUCGACAUUGGCAACGGGUCCAAGGGCAAGCAGGAGCUCGCCGUGCGCCUGGCCCGCGCGGUCGACAUGUUCAAGAAGAUGGGCGUCGCCGGGAGUCCGCAGGAGAUGCUCGACAUUGUCCUGGCCGUCACGAAGCACGUCACUAUGCCCGACACGAAGCACGACACAAAGCACGCCACAGAGCACGACACAAGGCACGACACAGAGCACGCCACUGUGCCCGACACAAAGCACGCCACAGAGCACGCCACAAAGCACGCCACAAAGCACGCCACUGUGCCCGACACAAAGCACGACACAGAGCACGCCACAAGGCACGACGCGUCUUUGGUUGCAAACGAUCCCACAGCCCAGGGCACCCUGAACGGACCGCAGCUCUCGGAGAAGCCCGACCACCUCCUCACCAUCAACGCCGAUACCCUGGUGUCGCUGCUGCUCGUCGUGGUCAUCCGAGCCCCGGUGCGGCACCUGCAGGCGCGCCUGUCCUACAUGCGCCACUUCAUCUUCAUAGACGACGUCGAGACGGGCGAGAUGGGCUAUGCACUCAGCACCUUCGAGGCCGUGCUGUCCUAUCUGCAGCACGACUCGGGCGGCCUGCGAAAGGCGAGCCGGCGGAACCGAAAACUGUGGGAGGCGACGCAGUCGGGCGACCUGGCGACCAUGCAGCGCAUCCUCGAGCCGGACCGGUCUUUCCACGAAGCCAUGAACGACUCUUCGAGCGAAGACGAAGUCCCGGAGCGACACCACCCGGUCCGCUUUGCAAGCUUCUCCAAUCCCAACUCGCUGGCCAGCUCCUCGGCGAACGGCGACUGCGAACCGAGGAGGAGGCGCCGGCGCAGCCCAUCCAGUCGGCGGUCGACAAACGAAGACGGGCCGCUCGCGCACAUCUUUCCCUUUCAGCGCGCGCAGACGCCCACCCUGCCGGGCCGACCGGAGCUGAAGAAGACGGUUUCGUACGACACACGGAGCAUGUCGAGUUGCUCGGCGCGCUCGUUCAGAUCGCGCACGACGGUGGAUUCUCGAUACAGCGCCAUGGAAGGCGAUACUUCAAUCGAGAAGCUUGUGAUGACCCAAGGCACAGACGGCGACUCUGUGCUGAUGAUGGCCAUUGAGAGCAAGCAGGACAAAGCACUGCACUAUCUGCUCAGCCUCACGGAAUACUACACACCCGCCUUUGUGUUUGAUGACUGCAACAACGAAGGAACGACGCUGCUCAGCGUGGCAGUCCAGCUCGCUCACGCAAAGUCGACGGAUACGCUGUUGGCAUACAUUUUGGAAAACAGCACCAGCCCAGAGGCGCUCGCGGCCUACUUCUCGAAAAAGGACUCCAAAGGCAGGUGCAUGGCGCACUACCUGUUCCACCAGCCCCGCCUCAUCCAACGCAUUGGACACGUCGUGCCGUGGCGGUUAAAAGACAACAACGGACAGACGCCCGUCUUUGCCCUCUGCAGAUCAUACGACCACGACGAGUACCACAGCAUGGUGGACCAGGCCCUCUUGGCCGCCACCGCCGCGCAAGAAGACAAUCAGCCGCUGCACCUGGAUGAGCAUGUCGAUGCCAAGGGCAACAGUCUGCUGCACGUCAUCACCGACCCUCAGCUGGCGAACAAGCUCCUGUAUCGCUGCGACUCGGACGCCAACGCUACCAACGACAAGCAAUUCACCCCGCUCAUGGUCGCCAGCAAGUACGGCAGGACGGACAUGGUGCGAGUCUUGUUCCAGGAUCCACGGGUCGACUUGUCGGUGCGAGACGCUCGUGGCUUGACGGCCGUCGAGCUCGCCAAAGAUGACGAGGUGCGCAACCGCAUCGACGAUCUGGUGCUGCUGUCAAACGAGCCAGGCGCCGACGGGCGCAUCACCACUGUGGUCCGCUCGUUCUUUGUCGAGGACGGCACUGUGCGACUGGUGCUCAAAUCCGGGGCGCCAAACCCCAACGGCACCAUCACCGUGACUACGUGCCGCCGAUCGUCCCACGAUUUUGAGAACCUGGCCAAGUGGCUUGCGCAGGAGAACCCCGCAUCGUGGCUCCCAGUCCUCGCCAACAUGCCCUCGCCCUACCUCAUCCCAUCCCGGCCCUCCCGGUCGGUGCUGCGCGACCUCCAGCUCCGCCUCGACGCCUUCCUCAAGAUCCUCCUCCGCCACCCCACCUUCUCCAUGCACGAGAUGGUGUGGGAGUUCUUCCUCGUCCCGGACAUUGACUCGGCCAUGCUCGCGCAGCGGUCUGCCCGCAAAGCCGAGCUGCGCGUCGAGCGGCUGCGCGAGGAAUUCGCACCCAUCUACGACGUGCGCGAAGUCGAGCUCUUUGUCCAGCACGCGCGCGAAAACGUGCGCUCCCUGCACCACGCAUCCAAAUCCGUGCUGCGGCGCACCAACAGAGUGCGCAUGGUGACAUCCGACCUCGUCGACGCAGCCAAGCUCGCAACAACAGCCGUCCACACCCUGACCUUCCUGCCCAGCGCACACCUCGCUGCCUUCCAGCGCUACACGAAAUGCAUCGCCGCCAGCGAAGCCAGCCCAAUCGCGGCCUUUUACUACAACAUGCACGCCAUCAGCUCCACCAUCGCCGCCGUCCUGUCCUCGCUCGCCCGCCCCUCCUCGCUCAUCGCCCAGAUGGGCGCCACGCAAAAGGCAAUCGACCGCCACAACCUCUCCGUGCGGCGCUCCGACCGCUGGCCGCUCGGCCUCCUGGACGACGCGCGCUCGCGCGUGCAGCGCGACGCGCAGGAGAAAAUGGACCGCUGCGUUGCGGAGCUGGCUGAUCUGGGGAGGGAGCUGAGGUACACGCAGACUGUUGUUGCGAGCGAGUUGGCGAGCUGGCACGAGCGCAGGGUCGAGAUGGGACGCGCUGCUGUUAGGGAUCUGGCCCGGCGGAUGGUUGUGACUGAGCGUGCGCGGUUGGAGAGUAUGCGCAGGGCGGUUCGCGGACUGGGGGGACGGAGGGAUGCAGGACGAGCGAAUGGGAUGAACGCCGUCGCGCUCCCGCCGCCCGAUGCCCUGCCCGUCGAGCAUCUCGUCGCCGACCCGGCCAGCGCCCCCGAGCCGGACGAUGAUGAAGAAACACCGCUUCUAGAUCUAGCCGCCGCGGCACCGGAGCAGCUCGACGGCACGCCGGACACACGACCAGGCAUGUAA